GGAAAGAAAAUUAGAAGGAGUUUCUUCUAUGCUAAGAUCAAACAAACACAGUGACACACCGCUCUGAUAAGAAUUAAGGAAAUUACGACUUUAUCGCAACGUUACGUAACGACCGAUAACCAGCUUGCACAUGCGUAGUUAAAAGCUGUCGGCCAAGACUUAUUUGCGCACGCUCAGAUGUAUUAUGAUGUCAAGUUUGUUUUGAUUGUCGCGUCGCAGUGUUUUGAUAGUUUUUGAAACAUGGCUACGACGAUCGAUUGCGAAGCAAGUUUGAGUGAUGAUUACGACUUAUUAGAUGAAGAAUUUGACAUGAAUGAUCUACCAGAUGUACAAUUUGAUUUUGAGGAGGAAGAUGCGAGUGAAAAUAUACAUCUAUCUAGAUUGCGAGAAUAACGAAGGAAUGUUGACUGAAGAUACGCCGAUUACCAGCAAUGUCAAUGGUGCAUGUGAUGCCUCCUCUAAAAAGAAGAAAAAAGCAAAGUCAAAAAAAGACAAGGUGAUGAAGGACCCAAAAACCGGAAAAGACAAGGUACCAAGAAAAAAAGCUGUUGCCCGACCAGAGAUGAAAUUCAAAAUGGAAGAUGCCAUCACAAAUCUCACAACUUAUGUCGAAUCAGCACUAAAUGAACUUAUAAAUCACCCUGUUUACAAGACUGGAUUUCCAGCAGCAUUGGCUGCUGUUGCGUUGGCAUCAACAUUACUUGGCCUGAUUGCAUCGCCGAUCGUACAUGCAUUUUCGCAAGACUUGGUGAAAGAUAUAUGGGUUAUAAUCACUGCUGGAGAUAAAAAGAAGAUAAAGCCUGAAGCCAAUGAACUGGUUUACCGCCAAUAUCAUUUGUAUGUAACAUGUAGUUCCAGUAAAGAACAAUGGGCUAAUUUCCUUCAGUCAAUAAAUCUAACUCCCAAUGACCAUGUACAUCACUUUCUUUUAAGAACUUUGCUAAGGCUGAUCAUGGCAGACAGAAACAGUGCGGAUUUGCCUGAGAAACAAAACACAGAAGCAAACCCUUUGGACAAGAGUACAGAAGAAGUAAUCAGAUAUACAGCUGGCUAUGUACCGUAUGCACUGCAUAAACGGUAUAGUAAAGUGAAAGGAGAAACAGCCAAAGUGUAUUGUGCUUUGCUUAGUAGUUGGAAAGUCCAAGGGACAAAUAAUUCUAGGACGUUUCUGGAGUACACAAAUGGAUGGCUGAAAAAACAAACUCGCGGAGGAUUAUUUGAGAUUAAGGAUAAUGUAUAUUUAUUUUUUAGGACACUAGAAAUUGAAACCAGGAAACACUUAACAGUUAGUGGAAUGAAUGAAAUGCCAAACAAAGAUAUGAAAUCAUGCAUUAUGCAUAGCAUAGGAGAAAAGCAAUUGGUCCACACAUAUUGGUGCAUGAUCACAGCCAACAAGUUAGCUGGGGAUGUAUCUAAACGUUUAUUGGAUGAUGUAAUUAAACUAUGGAUAAAAAUUAGAACAAAUGCAUUUCUAAAGGUCUAUUUAGAUUUAAAGAGGGCAGAAGGAAAGAGCGUGCCUGGAAAAUCUGCAAAGGCCCUUCGCAAAGACCUGUAAUUAACAUCUUUAAAAAAUAAUGCAGUAGGAAUUCCACAAUCACAUCUCUCAAUGUUUGCCUCUGUUAAUUGUAAAAAAUUUUGAAAAGAAUUGUUGGAAUACUGAAUAUAUUAUCAUUACUAAUUUUGAGAAUGUAUGUCGAUUCACAGGAAUUAAAUAAAGUUGUGUUUACUGCAAUGAA